AUGUUAUUAUUGAUCUUGUUAUUUUAGGUGUGGUAAUCACAGUAAUAAGAUUCGGAGAUAAUAGAAUUGUAGAUAGAGAAAUAAUAUGAAUUUUAUGGGUAAUUUUGUUAAAUAAAAGGAUGUUAGUAAAGUACCAGGAUAGUCGACAUCUGUUCUUUAUCCAGUUCACUUUUAUAAAUUCCUUGUUGAGAAUGUGAUACCAAAUGAGGAUAUAUUUGUAGUUUUGAGAGCUCUACACGAUUAAAGCUCAUAUCCUUCACUUUACAUAAGUAAGGUAAAUGAAUAGUAAGUAUGAAUGAUUAAUUAGUCCGACAAUAUAUGAUGAGUUAUGUGGUAAUAAAGGGAUGGAUGUUUGUGUAAUAGAGGAACAAGACUUGAUUCCAAAUACAACUUAUUAUUUGGGAGUAUAUUGUUUAUAGGAUUGUGAUUAUGAAUUAACAAUUCAUUACGAAGAGGAGGAAGUCUUGGAAUUAGGAGAAGCAAUAAUAGUGAAGUUUGAGAAUGAGACAGAGAGUAUUCUAAAGAUUGGGAUGCCUAGUUCUAUGGAUUCCAUCGAUAGAAUCUUAAUAAGAGCUCAUUACAUAUAGGAUAAGAAUACAGUGUUGAAUGAAUCCUUUUAUUUUUAUAUCAAUGAAGGUAAUGAGACACCCUCACCAAUAUAAAAUUAAUAUGAGGCCGAAGAGAUUUGGAUGAUAGGGAAAGGAGUGGUGAUAUACAAAAAUAGUACUAAUCUUCGAGGGAAUUUAACAGUGUUAUUGAUAGGCGUUCCAAACACUAGAUUAUAUUUCCUAUCAACGUUUUAUGAACGUAUCAGAGAGAUAGGAUUGUUUGAAAGAACAGAUGAUUUAGUAAUAGAGAGAAAGACUAAUUAUUACAAACUAAGCAUAUAAGAUGAAUAUAUGCAAUUUAUGAAUGAAAAUUCAUUAUCUUUUGAUAUUCAUCCCUUUGAAGGUAAUCCUGAUAUUUAUAUAUCUACUUGUAAGAAAGAAGAGUGUUCAUUAGAUUAUAAGUUAUAUCCAUGGUAAUCCCAAUUAGAUUUAGGUUAUGAAUCAAUUACCAUCUCUCCCAAAAAUAGAAUGAAUAAUGGCAAUGGAAGUGAAUUUAUAAUUGCAAUCAAUGGAGUAGAUGGAUUUUCUAGUUAUUCUUUUGUUGCCUAUUUAAGUAAUUACUAUAGUAGAGUCUUAUCUAUUUAUGCAUUUGAAUCUGGAUUUCUGGUAAAGAAUGAAUUAGCAGAAUAUAUCGUUGGUAUAUUUGAUUAAAAUAAUUAAACAUUCACCAUCACUUCAAAUUAUCCAACAGGACAUGGAAUGAUUAUAUUGAAAAAAUGUGUUAAAAACAAAACAGAAUUAAGUGAAGUCAAAAAUUCCUUUUCAUACAUUGUAAGUGCAGGACCUGAUAAUUUCUAUAAUUGUUCAAUCACUAAAAAUUAAAUAGAUUCAAUAUAAAUGGGUCAAGUCUUAAAAUCAGGAAAUUCAGAAUUACAUUCAGCUGAAAAUACAUUACAAUUCUAUUACAACAAAAGUGAAUGUGAGAGUAACGUAACAAUGCUUAAAUAUGAAAACAUAUAAACCAAUUGUCAGUAUGUAAUUGGAAUAUACAGUAAUGUUGAAUAUAUGAACUAUCAAAUAUUUAUUAAAGGAUAAGAAUAACAUAUUGAAUUAAGAGAAUCAACACCUCAUCGCAGUCAUCUUAUGGAAUAUGACACUGAUUUAUAUUCAUUUACAAUUGAUGAAGAUGAAAUCAUUGAAGUAGUCUUCUAAAUUACAGCAAUCACUGGAGAAUAUGAUGCAUAUGCUUCUAGAAUCUAUCAGAAACCCAAUUCCUCUUAUUUUGAUAAGUAAGCCAAUAUGGAAUUAGAUGUAUUAUAAUACAAAUCAGACUCUUUAAAUUAGAACUUAAGCGGCACUUAUUAUAUUCGAGUGGUAGCUAAGGCAUUACUAAGAUAUUUAAUUACUCCUAUCGUGUACAGAAAGUCUCAUGAUGAAAUUAAUUACAUUCAUCUUACUGAAAGUAUUUCUUAAACUCAUUUACAAACUAAAAUAGAUUAAGUUACUUACUUUAAUUUUGAAUACAGAUAAAAUGGCCCUCUUUUCAUUCACUUAAAUGGUAUAUAUGGCUUUUUCAUCUGUUAUGUUAUUGGUACUAAUAAAGUCAUAGGUGAUCAAUAUCCCAAUGAAACUUAAUAUCAUCAUACACUUCGUAGUUCGUAACAUACCCUUAUUAUAGAAGACCCCAAAAAGUAUUAUUAUGUAUAAGUCAACUCUUUAUCUCUUGGUCUUAAUGAAUCUUAUGAAAUACAAUUCACCACUUCAAAUUCACUUAUGGAAUUAUUCUAUGGAGAUCCCCUCAUUACUUAAUUAGAUAAUUAACAUCAAUCCUUUUACUAUUAUCAAUCACCAUAUAAUUUAGAGAAGCUAUUUGUUAUCAGAACUUACAUCACUGAAAUCAAUGCGAAUAAUAACCUUAAAGUUUUCAUUAGUCUUAAAAACAAAUUCCCUAAUCAUGAAAAUUGUGAUUAUGAAAUUUCUGAUACAAUUAACUAUUUGACUCUACUCAACAUUACUGAAAAUAGUAUUGUGUAUAUUGGAGUCUAUAGUAUUGGUUACAAUGAAUUCUCAUUAUUGAUUAGAGGUGUCUCUGGUAUCAUUUAAUUAACAGAAAAUACUGUUUAAUAAAUUCCCAUUCCUUCCUUUGAAUAAUAUCAAUCAUCGAAUAUGUAUUUCCUUGUUCCUAAAGAUCUCAAAAAUACAAUUCAAAUAUAAGCAUUCACCGAAUUCACUGAGAUAUAAUUGUUCUGUUCAAUCAAGGAUUAUUCCACUCUAACUAAAGAACUAAAAAACAAUAAUCACAAUAUAUUUCCUAACUCUUCUUCUUAUGACAUAGAAGAAGAAAUUAGUGCUAGUGACUCCAAUAAGUUAUUAAUCAUUAAAUAAGAAGAUCUACAAAAUUGUUAAUACUAUAAAUAGGGCUGUAUAUUGUUGAUUACUGUGAAAGUAGAUUCACAAUCCUUAUAUUCCUAUAUCUUUGGUAAUACUUAUAACAAUAUAUCGACAGCAGAUGGGUAGGAUGGUUAUUUCAAUAUAAUGAUAUCUACGUAAUAUACAAUUAUUAGGAAUGGAGAAAUGCUUAUUGGAUAUUCUGGAGAGAAUCUUAUGUCUUACUAUUAUUUUUAUGUUGAUGACCCUGUACAAUUCAUUCAAAUAGCAACUAGACCAAUAGAUGAUUGUGAUCCAGAUCUCUUUGUGAAUAAACUAAUAAAUGAUACCAUAUCAUAUCCAACUGUAGAUUCAAAUACUUACAAAUCAAUGUAAUAUAAAUCAGACAUUCUAAUCAUAAGAGAAUAAGACAAUGUUGGAUCAUAUAUAAUUGGAGUAUCUGGAUUUCGAAAAGAAUGCACAUACGAAUUACUCUUAAAUUUUGCAGAUAUAGAGUUAUACUACAUAUCUAAUGGCCAAUUUAUCACUCAUCACAUAAAUUAGACUGUUUAUUAUUUCUAUUAACACACCAGAAAGGAAUCAUUUCGUAUCAUCAUUUAAGGAAUUAAUAAUGUUGAUGUAGCUAUUAAUACAUAUUCCUAAUAUGGUGAUAGUGAAGAUGGACUGUUUGAUUAAUUACCUUAUUAUGGAACAGAUGACAUUCAAAUAUUGCAGGAACAUAAUGAUAAUCUUUUUGGAGGAAUCAUAUAGAUUAAUCAAUUGAACAAACAUUUUUGUUACUAUUGCACCUACAUUAUAGCUUUGAAACCAUUAUAGAAUUCUGAGAUUCAACUAUUAAUAGCAUAUAAUUCUAUAGCAUUACAAAUUGAGUAUGGAAGAAUAUAUUAUGAUUAAUGUGUUGAGAAUUGUAAAUAUUAUGUUGAACCAGGAGAUCUAAAUAUUUUUGUUUAUUCCUAAAUUCUUGAAUUACACUUCUAUGAUGAAGAAACCUUGGUAUUCAGUAUGAAUCUAACUUAUUCCUAACACAUCAUUCAAAUCAAUUCAUCAUAUACACUCAACAUAGUGAAUCCAAAUGUAAAUACAGUAGUCUCCUAUUGGUUGAAUUUAUAGACUGAAUAGAAUUACGUGACUUUGCAUUUGGGUAAAUCAUAUAAAGGUAAUAAUACAGAAUAAUCAAAUAUCGCACAAUUCACAUUCACUCCAAUCUCAGUUGAUUAAUGGUAUACUGUUAUUGUGAAUUCUAAAUCCAUUGUUAAAGUUGAAUUGUUUUACAUGACUAAGAAUGUCUCUGAAUUUAUUCUAAUCAAUCCAGUAUAAGAAUGGAGUAUUAGUAAAACAUAAUUAGAAUUGAAAUACUAAUUACUCAAUAUCAAUUAUUACUAUAAGAUAGUUUUAGAAUGUCAGGACUCCUAUGUCAUAACUUUAAAUUUGGAUGGCUUGAAAUAUAUCGACUCCAAUUAUCACUACAUUGAAUAAAUCCAAUCAUCAUAAAUUUAUAAUCUGUAUGGUGUUAAAGGAUAAGAAUUAAUGAUUGAAAAAAUUGAUUGUUUAGGUUAAACUCAUACCAAUAUUACUUCAUAUCAAUUUAAUAACUCAAUCGAUAUCUAUUUCAAUGUCACUCCCAUUCAAUUUGCAAGCUAUACUAAAGAUGGUUUAUCUCUAAGAAAGAACAUUUAUAGUCUAGUACCACAUUUAUAAUAUUCUCAUGAUGUAUGGUAUUUUAAUAAAACAAUCAACUAUCAAGUCUAAUACAAUGAAGAUCAAACACUUACAAUUUCUGUAGAUACCAUGAAAAGAAACAAGACCGGUAUCUUAGAUCUGAAAAUGCUUAUGUAAUUAUUCAAUUCAAUUUUAGUUAUCAAUUACAUUAUUCAAAUCAAGAAACCUUUAUGUAAGCCUUUGGUUGUCAAAUGGACAUUGAAUCUCUAAAGUACUACACCAAUAGUCAAUUAUACCAUAGCAAAUCAUUAUAAACUAUAAAAGAGAAUGAUGACACAGUGUCCUUUAAAGGUAUAAUAAUAAAUAUCACUCAUUUUUAGUACCUCUACCUUAGGAUUAGAAAAUACUAUAUGGUUUAAUUGUAUUUUAAGCAUUCUAUCAAGGAUAUGAUACUCCUUACACUUAUUUUUAUAACAUCAGUUUAAUUUAUAAUCAUAGUUAAUAAGAUGUAAAGAUAAAUUAAAAGUCCACAGACACAGAAUCGACUUUGGAUGAACGUUACGUCAUUAUUGCGAUAGUCAUAGUGACACUUUUUGUUCUAUUGGCGUUAUUUAUGGGAAUUAGAAAAAUAAUUUAGAAGAGGAAAGUUGCAAAAUUAGAAAAACCUAAAAAUCCAGUAGUAGAUGAAGAAUGGGAGUAAGUUAAAGCAGUAUGAUUUAAUUAGUUAUUUAGCGAAAG